AUGAAUUUAUCAUGGUACCAUGGAACGGUUUUACCUACAAAAAAUAAGCUGGAAUUGUUGUUUGCAUUGGAACGUGGAGCUGAAAAAGCAAGGCUUUGGCAGUCAUGGCGUCAAGUUGUAAUUUGGGUCUUACCAACCAUUUACUUCAUUUUCGACAUUUUCGCUUUGAAUUGUACUAUUUGCGCAAGUUUGAUUUCUUUCUUUUUGCGAUAUGAUAAAGUUUAUUCAACGACAUAUGUAGUCGAGAUCACGGCUCUUUUCAUUUGUUUGCUGAAUUUACUAGUAUGUUUUUUCGAAGCGACAAAAUGCUCUUACUGUAUUACGAAGAGAACGCCAUCGAAACUUACACCACGAGUUUCCUCACGUGGAACCAUUGAUCAGAGUGGCUGCAGCACUUCAUCACCUCUCAUGUCAAAUCGGAAUUUUAUCACACAGUGGCUUUCAGCUUUACAUUUUGGCAAAGUAGCAGCAUUUUCUCAGAAAAAUUUAUUUUCAUCAAAUUAUAUAAGGCAUAAUCUGAGUAGCUCCUCAAUUUCAUCAUCGUUUAAUAGUCGCAAGUCAGGAAGCACAUUUAGCAACAGUGCCUUUCUCACGCAUUCAACACCAUUGGUUGAUCACCAUUCCUCAUAUGUAGAAAGACAUUCGAGCCAUUCUGUACCGUUAUCUGCGAAAGUUGGUUCAAGAACAUCCUUUCGCAGUCGUCCGAUAUCUUCAAUUCAGACAAAUAAACAGCUAGAAGAGUAUCUUCAAAAAAGUCAUCAAAACAAUGAAUUGUUGAAAAGUACUGUGGCAUCAUUUUCAUCAUCUUAUGAUUCAUUAUCGUCUCCCGAGUCCGAAUGUAUCACUGGUAUUUCUCAGUCGUUUUGUUUGCCAUCUUCCAAAAAUAAUAGUUACGGACUUGGAACUGCCAUGUAUGACGAUGAACAAGGAAGAGUGGCAGACGAUGAAAAUAGUGUUGUUUCCCUAGUAACAGGCAGUCGUAUAACGGUAACCGACAAACGCAUAUCAUUAUCGCCAAUUCCAUUGAAUUUGAUUGAAGUUCGCAACGAAUUGACUGCUGAAGAUGGCAAAAGCAUGACGAGUGAUGGGACAGGCAUUGCACGAAAUGCUGAUAAUGAUAGCAUCACAUUUCGUGUAAACUAUAAUACUGCAAAACGGUCACCAAAAAGAGGACAACGAUUUACUCCUCCGUUGUUUCGUCGAUCAGAAAAUAAUGAACGUCGUCGGCAUUCUAGCUCAUUUUCACAUUCACAUUCUCCAAACCAACUUCCAAAUAUUGUUCAGUUGAACAGAAUUGAAAACAGUCCUACUACUGGCAAGCAGAUACCAAUCACUUCUUCAGAAAUAUUGAACCAAUAUAAAAUGGAUGCUGAAGACUUCGCUGUCGGUGAACGUAAUUUACGCUCUUGGAUUUGUCAAACAAUUUUACGUCCGCUCAUUGCAAAAGUUGAUGAAAUUAAUGCGUCUCACGCACAUUUGCAUUUCAAAAUCGGUCACUCAUCUGUAGAGGCGCUUCAAACUGCUGCUUCGUCGAAGAGCGAUUUGUUGAAAUCAGCUCUGCCAUACGUUUUACCAUAUCUCAAAAUACAUGAAAGACAAUCUUAUUUGAUUAAAAGAUGUCGGGAAUUAUCUGCAGAUGUUUGUAUGAAAAAUUAUAAUUGGCAAGGCGGGGGAUUUGAACUUGUUGAAAGGAAAGAAGAAGGCGAACAAGGUUAUUCACCAACAGAAUGUGCGUGGGGUCCUCAUUUGCCAACAGAUGCCCAGCUUAUUUGGUCGUGGUUUGCAGCUUACAUGAAUGCACGGAUGGGAACAAAUCCUUUGGUGACUGAUAUCGAAAUGCCGUUUUCAUCAGUUUUCUAUCUAAAGAAGCCUUCAAAGCCAUCGCCAUUGCAGUGUAUGAAAAAGUCGUUCUAUAUUUAUCAGAGCAGCAUUUAUCCUCCACACUUUGAACUGGUACUCGAUGGUGGCCGUGAACGUUUCGAAGUUGAUCGCGGCACGAAAAAUCUUUGGCGAACAAUAUUGCUUUUUAUACAACAUAUUCGGCUGUUUAACGGAGGCCGGUUGGAUAAUAUAAAAAUUGAUGAAAACGGUAUCAAUCUUGCUUGCGUUUUGGAGUAG